AGAUAUUUGUCACAUCUUCCGCGCCCUACACGAAAGUUUGUUAAUCGCAAGCAAGAAAUUGAAGACAUUAAAAAACAUCUUCUCCUACACCCAGAAAACGACUGCAGUUGUAUCUUGGUACACGGUGCUGUUGGGAUGGGAAAAACAGCCACUGCCAUUAAAGCGGCAAAUGAGAUUCGAGAUAAUGACGAUAACACUGCUGUCGUCUACAUCAACUGCAAUGUUGUCAAUUCAUGUGAUGAUCUUGGGGCGAAGAUUUCCCAGCAAAUCUAUCAUUUCCCUUUGAAUGAGUCGACUGCAGAAGUUAAAAGGAGGCUAAUAAGUGAGAAAGAUCACCUCAUCAUAUUGCUGCUGGACAAUUUUCAAUCCUUGGACCCCCUGCAUCGCAAUGAGGAAGCUAACAUGAAUCCGGAGAUAACUAGGAUUGACGAAACAGAAGAGUUAAAAGUUAAAAAGUUCAUCACGGAAAUCAUCACAGCCUCAACUAACGUCAAGCUGCUCGUUACCUCAUCAGUGUUAGCGUAUUUUCCAGACACAUGUCAACACAUAGUAAGCCUGCAUCCGUUAGAGAAGAGUGCAUCAUUUGAGCUUCUGAAGAACACCUUUUGUGACCGUACGCUGGACGAAGAAAUUGCUUACAUAAUAGCCGAUAUUUGUGAUGGUAUUCCGCUCGCCCUUAUUUCCUUGGCUUCUUGGCAAGACCAUCCACCCGAUCUUGUGCAAAUGAUGACCAACGCCAACCCAAGGGACAAACUCAAGAAAUUUGCAGCAAUUCCUAAAACUGAUGCAACUAAGAAAAUAGACGCGUGCCUUGACGCUUGCUUUUGCAGACUUGACCAGGAUCUACGACACGCUCUUAUUUGUCUUUCGCUGUUUAAAGGACAUUUUACCAUGUCAACAGCUAAAGACGUCUUCUGUUCAGAGGGGUUGGAAGGCUACAUUCUGGAAUUGGCUAAUCGAUCUUUCUUAGAAAGAAACACAUUAGGCCCUAAAUCUCAGGGCCGGUACAGGCUUCUCGGAGUCCAAAAACUCUACUGCCAAAAAAAGGCCCAAGAAGAAGGUGCAAAACAAGAAUACGAGAACGGUCGAAAGCGUUUUAUCGACCACUUUCUCUCUCUUCUUGAAGAGGUUUUCAAGAAGUUCCUGAGCAAAAGCGCUUUUGAAGCUUGCGAUAUGUUUCGUCAGGAAGUGGAAAACAUCAUGCAACUUCUCGACUGGUUCAAGAGUGACGUCAUGGACGACGAACAAAGACGAAGCUGUAUUGAUGUGUUCAACAAAGCAGCCGAGCUACUUGCAAAGAUGAUGGGGAAGAAGCGAUUUAAUGCGGUUUUUAAUACUCUGAAAGACAAGUGCCUACAGUUGCAAGAUGGAAAAAGGUUAAGUGAUUGUCUUACUUCACUAGGGAUAAAAGAGGCAUUCAGUUGUUUCUUUUCCCCUCAUCUGUCCCUUGAAGCUGGAGAGAGAGCUAAAGAUUACUUUAUGAAAGCCGAUAGAAUCCAGAGCGACCUUCCAAUUAAUACCGGUAACAGCAGAGCCCAGUGCCUUGCCAAAUAUGGCCGUUGUCUCUCUAUAGAUGGCGAAUUUGGCAAAGGAAAGGAGAUGAUUAAUAAAGCAAUCGAUAUUCGUAAGGGGCAUGGCGAACAGGAUAGCGUCAUGUUAGGUGCAACAUACAACGACUUAGCAGGUGAGCCUAAGUUCUUCCUGCACACAGGGAGUCCUCGACAUCGUACCAGGGUCCUCUCCCUUCCGCCCUCGAGAAAUAAGGGUGAAGAAGUUGUAUCUUAGAUAAGGAGGGGAUCCAGAACACCGAAGGAAAGUUAGCCUAUGAACAGGCUUUCUGUUUGGGAAAAGUGUGAAAAAGUCGCGAGGAGAGGGAGGGGAAAGGGUGAGAGCCUGUAGACAAACACUUUCCCCGAACAGAGAGCCUGUUCACAGACUAAAGGAAAGUUGAAAGCCUGAGGCACAAGGCGUUAAGUUCUUUCCUAGCUCCCUCCCUACAGGGAUGGUUGAUCCCAGCGGCUGGCUAUCUUACCGUGCGGGCUUUGUCCAAACAGAAUCGGUUAUGAAUAUACUAAACUUUAACAUGAAGUUUCAACUCAGUGUGAUUCUCGAUUUCCUAUGUCUGCUAGCCUGAAACUAUUUUAGCCUAAUUUCAUUUUAACCUUCUACAGAUACAAACCACGAGCCCAUGACCCAACCUCGUCCCCAGGGCGCUUUUACCUGGCUUUGGAGGUGGGACGAGGUUGCCCAUGACCCGGAGUGAGCAAGAGCGGACCUUCUAUUUUCGCGGGAAAACUAAAAUGUAUCUAAACACAAACCGGUUGGCGAAAGCGCCUCCCCCCCCCCCCCCUCACCUGCCCUCACAGGCAUAGGCGUAGAUAAAAGCUUUGCUCGCUCCAGGUUAUGCCAAGGGCUCCUAUACACUAUACAAACUCGUUACAUAUUUUCAUGAUUUUCAUGUUGAUAAUGACAUGGUAAUGUGCUACGUUAAUUGGAAUAACUUGUUUGAAAAACCUACAAGAACAAUAAAUCCAGCGACGAAACUGUGAAUUUCUCCUGUGUUCUAGUUGUCCUCUCCCUGGAAGCAGCACAUCAACGAGAACGAGAACGAGCCAAUGCACUUUUCCGAGAAGCCGUAAAAUUCAGAACACAUGAAACGCUUCCAAUAUACAGAGAAAAGCUGGGCAAUCAUCCUUUUACAGCUACCAUCCUAAACAACCUGUCCAAAAACUACCGUGCUCUGGAGGAGUUCGAAGACGCUAAAAAGUGUUCAGAGGAAGCGCUGAAAAUUCGGCGGGUAUUCCUUCAGGAGCACACGGAAACAGCUUUAUCUCUAUUUGAGGUUGCAAUGGUUCUUAAGGAAACGGACGAGUUACAGGCAGCGAAAACUAACUUUGAGCAGUGUUUAGCCAUGCAGGAGAAGGUGCUGGAUGAGAAACACAAGGAUCUCGAAAGGUAA